AUGGCAGGAAGCUGGUUGAAGCGUGAUAACACCUUUAUUCUGGGAGCCAUUGGUGUGUAUCAGAACCGAUCAGGACCGGACCCGACGGCUGCUCCGACCAAUCAGGAUGAAGCUGGGGAGUCAGGUGGCGGUGUGUUGGCGCUGGUGGUCACUGAGGCGGAUCAGGCUCGUCGAUCAGCAGCAGUUCCUCAGAGAGCAGCAAGGCCUCCGGACCUGGUGAUCCCUGCAGCCAUUAGUGUGAGCAAUCUGAUCUCUGGCGGCGAUGGAGGAGAUGCAAACUUCUGUGACCUCCCGUCUCCAAGGAGCGAUUCCUGCUCUGUGACCAGCGAGCUGAACAUCUCCAGGAGGAGUGAAGAGGACGAUACGAGGAGUGUCACUGCUUCGUCUGUCAUGUCUCUGUUCCACAGGGUUCAGCUGGAUCCGCUGGAGAAGGACUGGCUGAGGAGUUCAGCUGUGGGAAACAUGGCCGCUCAGCGCCUGCUGCUCGCUCAGGACCCCGGCCUCGUGUUGAAGAAGACGGCACUCCACUGGGCAGCAAAGCAAGGCCGUCAGGAGGCCGUGGACAUGAUGGUUCACUCUGGAGCCGAUAUCAACGUCCGAUCGGGUUACACCGCUCUUCAUCUCGCCUCCAUUCACGGACAUCGGGAGGUUGUUCAGACCCUCAUCAGCACAUACAAUGCUAAAACGAACAUCAGAGAUUACCAUGGGAAGACAGCGGUUCAGUACUGGAGCGGCUCCAAGGACAUCUUCAGCAAAGCAGAUCCUCACACAAGUAGGACGUUUUGCCCCGGUCGCCGGACGCAGCGCUUUGCUCUACCGUCACUGCGUCUUUCUCGUUCUCGCAGUCAAGGACAGCUCCACCUGGAGUUCGGGGCGGUGCAUCAGUCAGCGUCCUAUGAAGCAUUGGACCUCCAUGUUUGACUUCCUGCUGGGUUUUGUUAAAAGUCACCUGAGAACUGUGUGCAGUUUCUGGACAUGCAGUGAUGAAUUCUCAACUAGAAAGAUAUGGUACCUAAAUACAAUACUUUUUAAAUUUUAUUUUAAAAUCUUAAUUUUACAUUUAGUUGCAAUUUUCAUUCUCUUUCAACUUUCUUAUUUUAAAUAUUUAAAUGUUAUUACCCUCAUUAAGCUCCAUAGAAAAUUUUACAUAACUUGUUGUGUACAUCAGCUUGAAAAUAAAUAGUUAGAGACAAAUAUAAUGCAAUGUUUCAAGUGACUAUGCCAAGUUUGAGUAAAAACUUGUUAAAAAACAUGUGUC